AUGUGGGUUCUCUUUGCAGGAGCCGCCACGCCUUGGCCUAGCACGUCGGAAGCGAGUGAGGAGCAGCCCAUGGAGACGACGGGCGCCACGGAGAACGGACAUGAGGCCGCCCCCGAAGGGGAGUCGCCAGCCUCCACCGUCACAGGGGCCGCAGCGGGCGCCGGAGGCGGGAACGCGGCGCCUCCAGCCGGAAACCAGAAUGGCGCCGAGGGCGACCAAAUAAACGCCAGCAAGAACGAGGAGGAUGCGGGAAAAAUGUUCGUUGGUGGCCUGAGCUGGGAUACCAGCAAAAAGGACCUAAAGGAUUAUUUUACCAAAUUUGGAGAGGUCGUUGACUGUACAAUAAAAAUGGAUCCCAACACUGGCCGGUCAAGAGGGUUUGGGUUUAUUCUCUUGAAAGAUGCAGCCAGUGUGGAGAAGUUAAGCUAGGUAUUUGUAUCAGCA